CUCCUGCGAAACUGUACUCAGGGUUUAAACUCCGUUUAGAUAAACGUCAGGCGCCGGGUUGUAGCUGCCCACAAAUAGUGCCUGAUUAAAAAGGAGGCGAAAAAACAUUUAAAUUAGUCAGUAGAGUAAAUCCCGAAGCCGGAAAAGCCCGAUAGAAAUAUUUAAACACUUUACUAAAAUUUCGUAGGUUGUAUUUUGUGGUUUUGACAACCUUUUACACGUGCCCCAGGUGUGUUGACGUGGGAGAUCUGCUGGCGUCAAGUCUUGUCAGCACAAUCAGCUGCACUUAGCAGUGGCAGACCAACAACAAUCACCUAUUCAUUGUUGCAGCUGAGAUGAUCCACAGCCUGUUUCUGAUUAGCCACGCUGGAGACCUCUUCCUGGAGAAACACUGGAAGAGUGUCAUUAGCAGGAGUGUAUGUGACUACUUUUUCGAGGCCAAGGAGAAGGCAGGGGACCCAGAGAAUGUGGCCCCUGUGCUGCAGACCCCACACCAUUAUCUCAUCUCUAUCUACAGGGGCAAACUCUUCUUCCUCUCAGUCACCCAGACUGAAGUCCCCCCACUCUUUGUCAUUGAGUUUCUGCACAGGGUGGCAGAUACUUUUCAGGAUUACUUUGGAGAAUGCUCAGAGAGUGUGAUCAAGGAGAACACGGUGACUGUUUACGAGUUGCUGGAGGAAAUGUUGGACAAUGGGUUUCCACUGGCAACAGAGUCCAACGUCCUCAAGGAGAUGAUAAGGCCUCCGACCAUCCUGCGGUCAGUCGUCAAUACGCUCACAGGAGGUAGUAAUGUAGGGGGAAUGCUGCCUACAGGCCAGUUGUCUAAUGUUCCAUGGAGACGGGUUGGUGUGAAAUACACCAAUAAUGAGGCUUAUUUUGAUGUGAUAGAGGAAAUCGAUGCCAUUCUGGACAAAUCAGGUACGACUGUAUUUGCGGAGAUUCAGGGUGUGAUUGAAGCCUGUGUGAAGCUCUCUGGGAUGCCUGAUCUCACGCUGUCCUUCAUGAAUCCUCGUCUCCUUGAUGACGUGAGUUUUCACCCGUGCGUGCGUUUUAAGCGCUGGGAGUCGGAGCGCGUCAUGUCUUUCAUCCCGCCUGAUGGAAACUUCAGGCUCAUGUCAUAUCACGUCAUCUCUCAGAAUCUUGUAGCAAUCCCGGUGUACGUGAAGCAGAACAUUAGCUUCUUAGAGACGGGUUCUUGUGGUCGUCUGGACAUCACAAUUGGGCCAAAGCAGACCAUGGGGAAGAUGGUGGAGGCCUUGAUGGUCACUAUUCCAAUGCCUAAAUCUGUGCUCAGUGUCAAUCUCAUCGCCACUCAGGGAACCUACACCUUUGACUUGACAACCAAGGUGGUUCUUUGGGACGUCGGGAAACUUAACCCACAGAAGCUCCCAAACCUGCGAGGAAGCCUCAGCAUGCAGGUGGGUGCCCCAAAGCCUGAAGAGAACCCCUCAAUCAACAUCGAUCUGAAGAUACAACAACUGGCCAUAUCAGGUCUCAAAGUGAGUCGUCUGGACAUGUAUGGAGAGAAGUACAAACCAUUUAAAGGAGUGAAAUAUGUGACCAAAGCGGGUAAAUUCCAGGUCCGGACCUGAGUGAGGGUGGAGAGGUCGGCAUUCCGAUGUACCAAUCAGGGAGCGGGGUUACCACACUGCCGAGUCAGCAACAAGUCUUACAUAUCCCCACUUGCAUUGUCAGUAAUUUACACCUGCCUUCUAACAGCUAUUUAUUAUCCCAUGUAAACCAUGUUUGGUAUUUUAAAUAUAUAUGACUGAAUAACAUUGGCCUGUAAUGGGACGCCUUAAAAUACAUGUGAUUUCUGUUGAAUGUUAGUUUAAAUGUACUGCAAUGUAUGGAGGAUUUUCUACUUGUUGUAUGAAGUCAUGCAACAUAUGCACAUGUUUUUCAUUAUCCAACAUGCUCAAAAUGUUGAAGGGGAAUAUUUUGCUUUAAAGGGCUAAGCUUACAUGCAACUCUCUGCCUUGGAAUAUCUAACAACACUGCACCGGAAUAAUACAACCUGCACGCUGCCUGAGAGCCUGAGAGUACCUUGUACUAUGUGAAAAUGUUUCACAUAGUACAAGGUAGCCCAUUUUACAUGUUUAAGUUGAAAUUUUUGGAAAUAUGUUUUGCAGUGCCUAGAUUCUGAAUGGUUGCAACACAAUUAUGUCUGCACACAUUCAGCAUUUAAUUCAGUGGCCUUGUAGGAACAGUUCUUAGUGCUUUGUAAAGCACACACUACAGCACACAAGCUGCAUGUUUAGGAAGGUUAAGUAUCUGAAAAGUUAUAUUAUUUAAGGUACACAGUAAGGUGUUACAUUGGGAUGCUGUGAGUCCAAAAUAGUUAUUCAGGUAUAUUUUUGGGAAAGCAACUUUAAGAACCUCACAUAAUGUUGAAUGCAACUGUUUUGCCUUUUAAGUCAAUAUUAGAAAAAAUCCUAUUUAAAAACAAUGCGAAAAGUUGAAUCUGUAUCCAGAUGCCUUAUUGUAAAAUCAUAAAAUCCUCUUUGUGGCUUUUGUUGUGUCGGAUUUGUUCUCAAAAUUUAAAGGGGACAUUUGUCCAAAGCUCGCUGUUAAUUAUUAUGAAGUAAAGCUAAUAAAAUUCCUUCUAACAGAG